UUGGCGCCUAGGUAGCAGGAAGUCCCGCUCAGGCACGUGGCCUGCAGCAACUUGUUGGGAGACCUGUGGCGCGGAGGGAGGAGGGACGCCCGGCUCCAGAGGACCGAUGGCCGCCGGGAGUGGCGCUCCGACGAUGAGGCUGUUCUCGUGGCUGACUUUCCUGGCCCUCUGGGGCGUUUCCAGUGCUGAACCAGGGAAGUUUUGGCACAUCUCCGACCUGCAUCUUGACCCGAAUUACACGGUAUCCCAAGACCCCUUACAAGUGUGUCCCUCAGCCGGCUCCCAGCUAGUGUACAAUGCAGGCCCCUGGGGUGACUACCUCUGUGAUUCUCCGUGGGCUCUCAUCAACUCUUCCAUCUAUGCCAUGAAGGAGAUUGAGCCGAAGCCAGACUUCAUCCUCUGGACAGGCGAUGACACUCCACAUGUGCCUGACGAGAAGCUGGGAGAGGCGGCCGUGCUGGAAAUCGUGGGGCGCCUGACCGGCCUCAUCAGGGAGGUCUUUCCAGAUACUAAAGUCUAUGCUGCCAUGGGAAAUCAUGACUUUCAUCCUAAAAGCCAGUUCCCAGCGAAGAGCAACAAUAUCUACCACCAGGUAGCAGAAAUGUGGAGACCCUGGCUUAAUAAUGAGUCUGUUGCUCUCUUCAAAGAAGGUGCCUUCUACUCAGAGACGUUCCCGGGUCCCAGCAGCGCGGGCCGCAUAGUGGUUCUCAACACCAAUCUCUACUACAGCAACAAUCGGCUCACAGCAGACAUCACUGACCCCAGCCAGCAGUUCCAGUGGCUGGAUCGUGUGCUGACCAAUGCGUCCCAAGCCGGGGAGAAGGUCUACAUAAUUGGCCACGUGCCCCCGGGCUUCUUCGAGAAGACACGGAACAAGGCGUGGUUCCGGAAUGGCUUCAACAAAGAGUACCUGAAGGUGGUCCAGAAGCACCAUGGUGUCAUAGCAGGGCAGUUCUUUGGGCACCAGCACACUGACAGCUUUAAGAUGUUCUAUGAUGAUGCAGGUUCCCCCAUCAGCGUCAUGUUCCUCACCCCUGGGGUCACCCCGUGGAAAACCACAUUGGUUGGAGUAGUCAAUGGAGCCAACAAUCCAGGCAUCCGAUUGUUCGAGUAUGACCGAGCCACACUGAGCCUGCAGGACAUGGCGACCUACUUCAUGAAUCUGAGCCAGGCGAAUGCGCAGAACAGCCCACGCUGGGAGCUUGAGUACCGGCUGACUGAGGCCUACGGGGUGCCAGAUGCGAGUGUCCGCUCCAUGCAGGCAGCAGCGACUGGCAUCGCCAGUGACCAGGACAAGCUGCAGCGCUACUAUGUUUACAACUCUGUGAGCUAUGACACGACAGCCUGCGGCGAGACCUGCCGUGCGGAGUUCUUGUGUGCCAUGCAGGAAGUGGACUUCGAUGCCUACUACGCCUGCCUGAGCAACAGUGGCGCUGGGCCCAGGCUAGGGGGCCUGCUGGUGCUGCUGGCCACACUGCUGGGCCUGCAGGCUCUGCUUGCACCCUGACUUCGGGCACUGCCCUCUCCUUGUGGGGCUUAUCUUCCUUCCAAUGAAAAAGGGCAGCGUCACCCCUCAAAAGCUGAUUUUGACCCCAUUUCCCUGUGUCAGAGGAGAAGAAACUGGAACAGGACAGGUGGGAUUAGGAAAUGAGGCUCCAGGGGCUGGGGAGGUGGCGCGGUGGAAUGCGUGCCUCCCUGGCAAGCGCAAGGGCCUGAAUUCAAUCCCUAUUCUGCCAAAAAAAAAAAAAAAGGAAAUGAGGCGCCAAAGGCCCCUUAGGAAGCACACUUCUCUCAAAUUUCAGGUUUAUCUGUAAAGACACCAAUGUAUGGUGCAUUUUAUUCUGUGCAUUAUUCCUUUUAAUAUAUAAAUGUUUAACUCGGCUCACACUCAGGAUCUCGCUGUCGUUUCUGUGCUCUGGAGUCGCUGUCAUAGUCUAUCCCCAGCUCAGGGAUCAGACUGUGAGCCCACAUAGUUUGCAAAAGCCUGCACCAAGGCAUCAGAACAUGGCUUUUUGCUUCCUUGUUUGGUUUGUGCAAAUAUGAGGGACAGUUACCGACCAACAAAGCAAAUGAAAAUUCCACACCACACAGCAAUGCCUGCUACUGUUCUCUACCUCUGAAUCUCUUCUCACACCAGUCAGUAGCCCCAAAUGGCUGGUAGGAGAUCCAGAUAGUCUUUUAUUUUGGUUUAAAGGAAAAAGGGCUUAUUCAAAGUUAGCUCUAAGGAGAUGGAGGGGCUUCUCUUGCCCCAGAGGGGAAAGGGAAUUCAAGGAGACAGCAGUCAACUUGAGGCUUGUUUCCUCUGCCUGAAGCAGGACCUCCUGGGGCUGACCUUGUACACUGGGUCCAUGCAUCUAGGCUGUGAGAGGAGGGGGCAGUGUUUAUUCCCUAGGCCUGAGAAAGUCUAGAGAAGUGAUUUUUU